AUGCCUCUGGAUGUUCUUUUCUCGGUCUUCUCGCAUCUGUCUCCCAAGGACAUCAUCAAUGUCGCCAGAACGAGCCGUAUCUUCCGAGAGACUCUGAUGUCAAAAAACGCGACUAUGGUUUGGAAGUCAGCAAGGGAGCAGUUCGGUGCUCCUGAGUGCCCGUCAUAUUUGAACGAGCCGCAGUGGGCGGCCCUCCUCUUUGCGACCUCUUGUCAGAGUUGUGGUGUGAAGAACAUCCAGACAGUUGACUUCGGCCUCCUGCGCCGCUUGUGUACCGCUUGCAAGAAGACUCACUUUGUCGUGGAAUCAAAAUUCAAGCGGCGUUAUCCUGGCGUUGACUCUGAGGUCCUGGAGCUGAUUCCAUAUACACACGCUGGUACAUGGGCUUACACCAAGAAGAGUCGUUUCUUCUGGGAGUUCGAUAUCGACCGCAUGAAAAACAAACUAGAAGAAUACCAAUCUAACGUUCGCCGUCGUCGAGCAGGAGCUGUGAAGGCACUUAAAGUCUUCCGGACCCAGCAGAAAGAGAUGGUAAAGGACGCUCAAGAGACCAUUGAGGAGAGGAAUGACUGGUGCCACGACUUUUCGCAAGGUCGUUUGAAGGACAAGCAAACUUUGAAGGUACAACGGAUGGAUGCCAUUCGCGCAAAAUUCCUCGAGCUGGGAUACAUGGAGCAGGAUUUGUAUGACAUUCAUUGGCUGCCCGAGUGUCAACAAGCAACGCCUCUCUCAGACAGAACUUGGACACGUGUCCGGCCGACCCUCGAACUGAUAGUUCUGCACUCCAAACGAAAACGAUUGGAACGCGACAUGGGACCCAUCCGGGCUGGAAGGAGAGCGAUCAUUCACGCCUUGUACCAAGGAUACAAGAAAACAUUGCCACCUUCGCAAUGGAAAUGUCUUCCGCGAACUGUUGACAUCUGUGCUAUGGAGCCAUUCAUAAAAGUUCUCGACGCUGGCGCCAACGCUGCCGCUCAUUUUGAGGACGCCAUGCGCCAACUGCCUAAGCUUCUGUCGUCAGCCUUGGCACGGCGCAAGAAGGAUGCCCCCGCUUCGCUCAAGAAGGUGACAUCGACAUUGGCAUCAGCGUCGACGUCAACUCUCAAUCAGAGUUCUUCUGAAACUGCGAAGGCAGGGACAGCGAAGGCCCCGCCGCCUAAUCCCUUGGAUCUAGUUACAUCGGCAUUCGUCUGCCUCGAGAGGUGCCAUGCCUCCCGCUACCGCUCCGUCUUCGGCCUCUACCCGCCAUCGUCGCAUCUAUUUGGCUGGAACGAGGUUGCCUCGCAUGAAUGCAGGCCCGAUACGUACUCGGAUUCUCCUUGCAUGGAGUUGGACCCCCAGGCGUUAACAAUCGCUGUGGACGAUUCUGGAAGCAUGGCGGCUGCUGCUAUCGUCCGAGCUGUAGGUUUGGACGACAAGGUGGCUACAAUUGCGGAUAUGGACGUGAAGGAUCUUCGUUUUGGAUGCUCCGUCUGCCCAUCUACGCUGAAGGAUGGGGAAAUUGAGUGGUGUAAGGUGGGAUAUAAAUGGCGCGAAUUCGUUACGCACUGCACUGCCAAGUCCCAUGCGCCAGCCACUGCCGUCGUUGUCCUCUCUCCUGAAGAGGUUGCCAUAAUCAAAGAACAGGAGAUGAAGGACCCGAGGUUGUCCCAGGAGCUCUGGACCUGUGGACAUUGCGCGGCCCAUCUCGAUAGCCUCCAAAUUCGAGAAGCCGUUAUUGAGCACCUCAAGUCAACGCACAACAUCGAUUCACCUCGCGAGCCCGAGGAUCUAUUCCUCCUCGAACGUCACCGUCUUAAGGACAUCCUCGAGGCAACCUACCCCGCGCCGUCACCUGUGCCUCUCCCUGUGAUCCCUCAUGCACGAGCUAGAGGUCGGCACUGUAUCUGUUGUGGUGGAGGCACACCGGAAGAACGGAACAGGACGUUUAACCUCAGGGGCGUUCUAAGUCACUUGGCAGAAAAGCAUGAUAUUACCGAUCCAAUUGAGAACUUCCAUUAUCGUUGA